UAUAAUUUUCUAAAAGAAUAUUUGGAAAAGAAAUUACUUAUAUUAUAUAGAUGGUUCUAUCUAAUCCUUAAUUCUUAGUCCAAUUCUCACUAUACUUUCUCAUGGAGCUCAUAUUCUCAAACUUCUCAAUCCUUCUCACCUUUCUUCUCUUUAUCCUCAUGGUCCUGAAAAUAGGGAAGACAUUCAAAAACAAUAAUGAAACUUCAAAUCUACCUCCAGGCCCACCGAAACUGCCUCUGAUUGGAAAUUUGCACCAGCUUGUUGGCUCUCUACCACAUCGCAGACUCAGAGAUCUGGCCAAGAAAUAUGGACCCUUUAUGCAUCUCCAGCUUGGAGAAAUUUCUGCGGUUAUUGUUUCAUCGCCAGGGUUCGCGAAAGAAGUGAUGAAAACUCAUGAUAUUAUAUUUGCAUCAAGGCCUUAUAAUCGAGCAGCAAGUAUCAUGUCUUAUGGUUAUACUGAUGUAAUAUUCUCACCAUAUGGUGAUUACUGGAGACAGCUAAGGAAGAUUUGUACAUUGGAGCUUUUAAGCACGAAACAAGUUCAAUCUUUCCGAUCAGUGAGAGAAAAAGCGAUCGCUAAGCUAAUUGAUUGGAUUGCAUCAAAAUCAGGAUCAGUGAUUAACCUUUCGGAUAAAAUUUGUGAAUUAACAUAUGCUGUGACUUCCAGGGCAGCCUUUGGUAAAGUGCGUGAAGCUGACCAAGAACUAUUCAUUUCUGCUGUCAAGGAUAUCGCAAAGGCACUGGGAGGGUUUAAUAUUGCAGAUCUGUUUCCUUCCGUUAAAUUGCUCGAUUCCAUCAGUCGAACGAAUCGUUAUUUGCAGAAGCGGCACGAAGAAUCUGACAGAGUAAUUGAAAACAUUAUCAACGAACGCAAGAAGUCUGAAAAGAGUGACGGAGAUAAACAUCUGGUUGAUGUUCUCUUGAAACUUCAAGAGCAAAACGAUCUUCAAUUUCCAUUAACUAAAGAAAACAUCAAAGCGGUAAUCUUUGACAUGUUUGCUGCUGGCAUCGAGACAUCUUCGACAGUAUUGGAGUGGACAAUUUCUGAAUUGAUAAAGAAUCCAAGAGUGAUGGAAAGAGCACAAGCUGAAGUGAGGGAAGUCUUUAAUGGAACGGAAAAGGUUGAUGAAACAGGUAUUAUUGAAAUGAAGUUCUUGAAACUAGUGAUAAAAGAGAGUAUGAGGUUGCAUCCUGCUGUUCCUCUGUUAAUUCCAAGAGUAUGUAGAGAGAAAUGUGAGAUUAAUGAGUUCAAUGUACCUGCCGAUACCAAAGUCAUUGUUAACGCAUGGGCGAUUGGAAGAGAUCCAGAAUAUUGGAAUGAACCUGAGAGUUUUAAUCCUGAGAGGUUCAUUGAUAGUUCUAUUGACUAUAAGGGUACCAAUUUUGAGUAUCUUCCAUUUGGUGCUGGAAGGAGAAUGUGCCCUGGAGCUUCAUUUGGUCUUGCCAAUGUGGAGCUCCCACUAGCAUUGUUGCUGUAUCAUUUUGACUGGAAACUAUCUGAUGGAAUGAAGAAUGAAGAUUUGGACAUGACCGAGUCCUUCGGUGGGACACUCAGAAGGAAAAAUGAUCUGCGUCUGAUUCCCAUUCCUCAUCAUCCAUAGCGUAAUACAUGGGCUCUAAAGUAAUUGAUUUCUGUUUGUUUAUGUUAUCUGUCACCAUUUACCUGUACCCUCAAUAGUUGGUUUGAGAUUGAUGUAAUUUUCAAGAUUAUCACUUUUAAUGUAACCACUGCUGCC